AUGAAUUCCCCUGACAGUCACGCACAUGCUACACCUUCUCUGCCUCGGGCUUAUAAUCGCGCGCAGUGCAUCUUGAACGUGGAUCUCGAUGGCACAGGCAACGCUUCGCCGGCGGGUCCGGCGCCUGCAACGUCGUCCUCAACCAGGAGUCCGAAUCCUGACGACUCAAACUCCCUCAGACGCCACAUUCCCGGGCCUCGCACUCAUCUUGCGCACAGCUCUCGCACCUCCCACGACCUCAGUGCCACGAAUAGCUCUGCCCUCGACAUUAUCGCGCACAACACGACUAUUUUGUUAUCCCGUACGGAUGACGUCCUGCGCGCGAUCGAGCAGACGAAUGGAAUCCUCGCGCAAGGCUUUGAGAGACUGGCCCCCGCUGUUCCUCAAAGCGGGAUAGGUCUCGCAGAUCCCGACGUCGAACUUCACUCGCUUCCACCAGGGCUGAGACCGGAGCCGCCUGAAGUCGUCGGCCAAGCCGCACCCACACCCAUCUCUCUUCCGCCAGACCAGAGUCCUGCUUCAUACGGUGAAGGCCCUCAUUCGCUUUUCGACCAACCGGCGCGCGUAGCCCUUGCCGGUGUCAUGAGAAGUCCAAAGGGUCACCAGAUCGAGGGCGAAGCUUCAGACGCUAACGACGCCCACUCGGAAGAGCUUGCAGCCGAUCGGCUAACACCUUCCUCUUCGUCACUUUCGAGUGACUUGAGCCACUCGCCUCGCACGUCGCUUCUGUCCGAUGAUCCUUCUGCCCCGCAUUCUACUCCAAACGCUAGCCCGGAGGCUGAAGCGGGACCGCAGCCCGGCGUCUUUUCUGCUGAUGCAGGAGCUUCUUCGCAAGGAGAACUUCCUGGUCCUUCUUCGCCUAUGCAAGAUGGAUCCCUUCCGGAAGACGCUGCUGCGCAAUUUCUCGACGGCGCCGGUGGGGGACCUAGCAAUGCUCUUUGCGGUCCAUUCGAGCAAGACCACGACUUGACGCACAUCCACUGCCACGAUGUCUUCGUGAAGGAAGGCCCCUACAUUGGACGCAAGCUGUUGAUCCGCGUCGGGAAAAAGUCGCAGUUGCAGGACUCAUCGUCACAGCCAUUUUCCCAAGGGGUCAACACGCUCCUCGGUGUCAUUGAAGCACGUCGCCACGACCUAACGCAGCUUCAGCUGGAGCUACAUCAAGUCCUGGUCAGUGGCGGGACAUUCGACGGCGGAGACGCGCUGGAAUCCCUCCUGUAUGCAAUUCGCCCUUAUCUGCACCUGUUCUUCAUUUGCUCCGUCUCCUUCAAGAUCGCUGGUGCGCUCAAUACUAACGACUCGCGGCGGAGGUCCCUAAUUGCCGGUUCCUUCUCUCGUCUUGCCCACCUUCGCGUUGAGGGGGAGGCUACAGCAACGCGCCUCGAUGCAUUCCCGUUGGCAAAUCUAUGCUCCCUGGAGUUCCUGACGCAUAUCACCGAGGACGAUGUUAUGGUCCUCUUGAUGCGCUGCAGCGAGAAGCUGCACUUUCUUGCAGCAGGUCCUAUCGAUCAAGUUAACGCCAAUUGCCUACGGAAGCCGCGACAGAACUCCCGCGAAGGCCCACCUCCAGCGGUCCCUACCGUCAUGCACAUCAAGGCCAAUCAUGCCUGCACGCGGCUACUGGAUUUCGUUCCUCGCAACUCCGUCGAGCUCCAUCUCACCCUGUAUGAUGCGCGUUUGCUUUUCGAUCUUCCGGACGUAUUUGGCGCACAGACUACAUGGACUGUACGCCUUGAAUGA